GGGCAGGGCUAAUAAAGCUAGGGGAAAAGAAGAGAGGGAAGGAGGCGAGGGAACACAACCAGAAAGACAGAGAGAGCGACACAUUACCUGAGUCUUAUUGUGAAACAAUAAGGAGGAUAGUGGAAGGAUUCUCUAUAAUAAAAAUCAUAAAAAUGGCGCUUUUACUUCUAAUAAAAACUAGUUAACUGUUUGAUUUAUUGGGACCUCAUUCAAAGACACUUUUUCUUUACCUUCUCAAGUUGUUGCACUUUAAUCUGUUGCACUGGACCUGCUGAGGAAAACACAAGGCCGGAGGACUGGCAUCAGACGGAGACAGGCUGCUCUCAAGCCGCGAAGGAAGCUUGAGCGCAGGCUACGCAGAGUGAUGAGGACGGCCAGACGGGCGAGCAACGUGGAGGUGCCCUCCUUCCUCCGCAACCUGGUCAAAGAGACGGAGAAGAUGGUCACCUUCUUCUUCAAAGGCGGACCCAGGGAACGAGAGUCUGGAGAGGAGGACAAUUCCGAGGAGGAGGACUCAAUGCCGAGCCCUUACCUGGACCACCCCAUCUUGGAGAAGCACGUGUCAGAGGGGGGGUCCAACUUGGUGAACUAUGCUGUGGCGAGCAUGCAGGGCUGGAGGUCUCAGAUGGAAGACGCCCACACCUGCAUGCCCCAGCUGAAAGGAGACCUGAGUGACUGGGGAUACUUUGCUGUGUUUGAUGGACACGCAGGAAGCACCGUGGCACAGUACUGCUCCAGAAACCUGCUGGAUCAUAUCCUGGCUACAGGUGGGGUUAAAACCGAAGAGGACCCGGAGCAGGUCAAGGAGGGCAUCCGUGAGGGCUUCCUGGACAUCGACCGCCACAUGCACAAACUGGCUCGCCAGGACAACUGGGACAGAAGUGGCACCACCGCAGCAGCCGUCAUGAUUUCACCAAACUAUGUUUACUUCAUCAACUGCGGGGACUCGCGCACCCUGCUGUGCCGCAAAGGCCAGGUGGUCUUCUACACCGAGGACCACAAGCCGUUCAACCCCAGGGAGAAGGAGCGCAUCCAGAACGCCGGAGGCUCGGUGACGCUGCAGAGAGUCAACGGCUCGCUGGCCGUCUCCAGAGCGCUGGGGGACUUUGACUUCAAGGAGGUGGACUGGAGGCCGCAGACGGAGCAGCUGGUGUCACCAGAGCCAGAGGUGUAUGAGAUGGAGAGGACGCCCGAAGACGAGUUCCUGAUUCUGGCAUGCGACGGGGUCUGGGACGCCGUCGGCAACGAGGAACUGUGCAGCUUCGUGCGUAGCCGUCUGCAGGUGUGCGAUGACCUCAGAGAGAUUUGUGCCCAGGUCAUUGACCUGUGCCUCUAUAAGGGCAGCUUGGACAACAUCAGCAUCAUCAUCGUCUGCUUCCCCGGCGCCCCCCAGGUGUCACAGGAGGCACUGCAGAAGGAGGCAGAGCUGGAGCAACAGAUUGACACGAAAGUGGAAGAAAUUAUCCAGAUGAUGAAGACCAGAGAUGAGGACCCCGACCUCCUGUACGUGAUCAAAUACCUUGCAGCAGAAGAGAUGCCGGGGCUCCCACCAGGAGGAGGCAUCACCAGCAAGAGAGACUGCAUCAUCUCUGCGUAUCAGAAACAUAUCCUGACCCACAGAGCUCAGGAGGCAAUGGACAUCGAAGGAUCGGAGGAGGACUCCAAUUAAAGCUGUCGCCGUGGAAACAGCAUCAACCCCAGCCUCGCCGUCGCCAUGGAGACCUUGAUGCUUGGAUGGGAAUUUUUAUUUUUUUAGAUGAGAUGAUAAGCUAAGGAUGAUUCGUUGAGUACGGCAUCACAUAUUUGCUUUGUGGUUCAUUAAAAUGAAAUUUGAACUGAA